UGGCUUCUGAGUUUGCAUAUAAGCCUGCCGCCUUGCGUCUAAAUUAGACACACGGCUCCCUCUCUUUGUUGGACAAGUAGCAUCAUCAGAGUGUGAGGAUGGGCAUCUAUGAAGAAAGAGGGGAACGGGUUGAACCGAAGAGGAAGCCCUUUAGCUGGAGAACCAAAUGUGCAGUGUCCAACCGAGGACGUCCCCUGGAACUUGUUUAUGCUAUUGGGGGGUUGAGCCCUAAGGGCAAUGUCAGUGGUGUGGAGUGUUACAACCCACUGGAACAUGAGUGGAAGGUUCUGGGCUCCGUCUCAAGGCAUCGGACUGGAAUUGGAGUGGCUCCCCUCAAUGGCUCCAUCUACGCAGUGGGAGGCCAUGAUGGCAUGGUGUGCCUCAGCAGUGUUGAGAGGUACAAUCCUGAAAUCAACGAGUGGAGGUGGGAUGUGGCACCGCUUCGUGAACCCAAGCAGGAUGCGGCCGUGGCUGAGCUAGGAGGCUACUUGUACUGUGUUGGUGGCUACGAUGGGCUCCUAUGUGUCAACACCACUGAGAGAUAUGAUCCACUACUCAACAGGUGGUACAAGAUGGCACCUAUGAAUCGUUGCCGGAGGGGCCUAGGCUUGGCAGUACUGGAUGGCUACUUGUAUGCUGUUGGAGGAUCUGAUGGAUACUCUACAUUACAUUCAGUGGAGCGCUACAACCCCCUGGAAGACAGAUGGACUCCCUGCCCUCCCCUGAAGACCUGUCGAGAGAACCUGGGUUGUGUUACCUUUCAAGGCAAUAUCUAUGUGGUUGGCGGGAGAGAUGACCUCACUGAGCUGUGCAGUGUUGAGCGAUUUGAUCCUCUUGCCAAUGAAUGGUCUGCUGUCACGCCCAUGAAGUCAAGAAGGAGCAAGGUGAGCCUGGUUGCUGCCAAUGGUUACCUCUUAGCCAUUGGGGGUUAUGACGGCACUGUCCACGUAACCACUGUGGAAGCGUUUGACGUGGAGCUAAAUGGAUGGAGACGUUUUGGAAACACGCAAACCUGUCAUCCAGGUGGAGGUGUCACUGUGAUCAAAACGGCUCCUGAUUAUCUGGAACUUUCUGAGUCACCUUGGAGUAGAUAAAAAAAAAAAAACCCCACACACAACAGCAGCAAAUUCUGGACUUCCUUGUCUGGUCUUCAGUAUACAAUUGACACACAAUGUGUUACUAAACUACCUGCUUGACCUCUUCCUGCUCUUUCCCCCUCUUUUGAUUGUGUCACCUGUGUCAAAUUUUAGAUUGUAAGCUUCUUGGGGCAGGGACCCCUUGCUAGGCUGCAAAAUGCCCAUGCCCAUUGGUGCCCCUAUAUCAAUAAUAAGCAAGAGACAAUGACACAG